GUUUCGUCCUCAAAAUUAUGUAAACAAUAACGGCCUUGACAAGUAUACAAACCACUUAUCAAAUCAUGUGAUAAUGAAAAUGAAAUCAUUUAAAGAGUAAAAGGAGAGCGAUGGCUGCAGCAAGACUUCCAGUCGAGGUUGUGAGCCAUAUUAUGGGCUUCCUGUCUGUGUCAGAUAGAAAGGAUGCAGCCCUUGUUUGUCGCAGUUGGUAUGAGGCCUCCUUGGAUCCAAUUCUUCAGCGUGAUAUCAUCAUUCAUUUUUAUGCUUCGUCAGCAGAGCAGACGACCAGAGCAAUACCUAGUCUGUCACGUAGAAGGCUUCCGCAUCUUGUUUUGAACAACUUUGACUUGUCCCUAGAUGCAAAAGCUGUUCUUCUGAAAUCCUGUGAGCAUUUGUCAGCAAAUCUGAGAAGUUUGUCUCUGAAAGGUAGCAAUAUAACAGAGAGAACAUUUGUUGAACUAUUGUCAAAAUGUACAAAUCUGGUAACCCUGGAUUUAAGUUGCUGCAAUUCUCUAUUCAUGUCGGGGACAUUGCUAGAGAAAAAUUCCGAUAUGCAGCUUCUGAAGGCUUCCUUAACCAAUGUGUUGGAUGUGAAUUUGGCUUCCAUUAGGUAUAUGUCGGAUGCAACCUUCAAUCGAAUAAUGACAGUAUGUGAAAAUGUUGAGAAAUUAUCGCUUGCAGGUUCGCAGAUGGCAUUCAGCAGUAACAUAUACUAUCCAGACAGGUCAAGUAGAAUUGCCAGUAGUUCUGUGCUGACGUUUAAGAACUUUCUGGAUUUUAUGAUUACUCAGCCAUGUCUUACAUCGUUGAACCUUUCCAAGACACAAAUUGAAGACGAGCAUUUAGAGGAGUUGGUAGUGGUCUCAGGUCUGAAGUUGCAGGAACUGAUUCUGAUUGGAUGUCGAAAUGUUAGCGAUGAGGGGAUUGCCUACAUUUGUAAGCAUCAGCCACAGUUGAAGAGUCUUGAUAUUCGGGAAUGUCCAGAUCUUACAAACAGCACUGUUCUCACAGUUUCGGCAGGAUUAAGCCAGCUUAGGAAUCUGUAUUUGAACAAAUGUAAACAGAUUACAGACAAAGCAGCGAUGAGUUUGUCCAGGUUGAAUCAGUUGGAAGUGUUAGAUAUGUCCGAAUGUUUUCAGGUCACUUCAGCUGGGCUUGUGCGAGGACUUUGUAAAGAAGAAGUAACAGCAGUUCUGACACAUUUGAACUUGAAUUGUUGUUCACUUGUUGGGGAUUCCUUUGUAGAAAAAGCUUGUGAAUGCUUGCCGUUGUUAACGCACCUUGACCUUGGCUCUUGCUUUAAAAUCUCUGACAAUAGCGUUCACUCAAUUUCAUCUAGUCUGAAAUACCUGAGAUUCCUAAGACUAGCUUGGUGCAAAGAGGUCACUGAUUUGGGCUUGCUAGGUCUGCUGACAGAGGGUAAUCAGCACAAACAUGACGAGGCAGACGGAGAAUGUAGGUGCACGAGAAAAUACGCAUCUACUGUCAUUUUCAAAAAACCAACAAUUAAAAAGAACGAGCCAACAAUUGAUGAUAUUCGUAAAAAUUCGUUGAAUUCCAAAAAAGUUCCUGUUGCUAUUAGCAACAUUGUUGGGUUGAAAUAUCUCGAUCUUACAGCAUGUAAGAAACUGACAGACACCAGUUUAAUGCAAGUGAUAAAAUUCCCAGAAAUCCGAGUGCUUUCCCUUGGAAUGUUGCCGGAACUUAGUCCUGACGGUGUGGCGCAAAUUGUUCGCAACAACCCAAGCAUAGAGGAACUGAAUCUGUCUCAGUGUGGUUCACUGACAGAUAGUACCAUGGCAACAAUCACGACCCGCCUGCCGAGACUUCAGAUGUUGAACGUAUUUGGAUGUGAUAAGCUAACCGAUAAGAGUGUCAACUACAUUAAAGAUAACUGUAGUCGAUUGAAGCAUUUAGACGUGUCUUUCUGUGGUGGACUUUCACACGAAGCUGUCGAAAACUUGGAAAACAAAAGUAAAACCUUGCAGACGAUACAGAAAAGAAUGAUUGGGUCUGCAUAGGUUUUGACUAUCUGUCUGGCUCACUUAGUGACUUACGGUGGUAAAAUUGUGUGCAAGUCAUGUUGUGAUUUGGCUUUGCUUUAUUGUGUGUGCUUCAGAAAUUAAUCGUCACAUCAGUGAGAUAUUACACAAUUUUAUUUGUGUGAUUUUAUAUGAUUAAGAAAUUGUCUAACACUCUUUGAACAUGCUGAAGCUUGGAAUUUAAUAACAGACACAUUAAAUUUUAUAGAUGUAAAAUAAGUGUACUGUUCCUAGACAUGUUCAUUAUGGGAAGUUAGUUCAUACAUGUAGGAUCUCAUUUCUUCCUCAUUUGAAUUUUUAAAGGAUUAUACCUUACCCUGCUAAAUUUCUUUAAUGAAAUUGUCCAUCUUUCAAUUUGGAUAAUACCAUUAACUGACUGUUAAAAGGGGUGCUUACCAAAAAGAUACUGACUGAAUGGCAAACAGUGCAGUUACAGUUUUCACACUAUUUUUACAGGUUCAGUAUUAAUAAAACUAAAGUUUGAAGUUUUAACCAUGUAUAUUUAUACAUUCCAAGCAACUGCAUUAAAUUUAUCAGCAUACAAUUUUUACUAAAAUUUAGCUGAUGCUUAUUAUUUCAAAUAGAGAUUUACUAUGUGUAUAUACAUUGUAUGUUGAAUAUUGAAAUCGCAAUAACAUACUCACACUUCACUGUGAAUAAUAAGGACCAGUGGUCUAGUGAUAAAGACGUUGGGAUCCUGGGUUUGAGUCCCACUGAUCAUGAACACACGUUCUUAUAUGAUACCAGGACUGGUUGUUUCAGGAAGCAGAAUUGAGAUUUAUUCAAAUAAACUUGAAGCUUUAUCACAGUUGAGCUAAAACAAAUUAGAAUAAAUUAAUAUGUAAUCUACCUCGUCCUAAAAUAGAAUUCCAAUUUAUUUAUUUACUACGGGUCAUCAGAUUGACAUGUUAUCAUUUGGGGGUUUAAUCUUUUUCUUAAUUCUAAGUGACUUUGAAUAUACUGAAGAAAAACAAAAUAAUUUGUAUUCUUUAUUGUGAAUGAAAAGCUAUUUUAAGGAAUAAAUGUGUAAAGAAUUGUUGUUUCUAAAAUAAUUUUUGUGGAAAACAAGGAGCAGAUCUUGAAUUUGUUAUUUAAGGUUUAUUUCCCAGCAUUAUAUUGAGUAGAACAUUAUUUUAAUGGUAUACUUGUAACCACAAUAAACAAUUCUUAAAAGCAAAAUAACUUUGAACAGAGCCAUAUACUGCCUUUCGAAGUAGUUUUAGAGAAAUCAAACAUCUUUCGACCGGAACCACUAUGAAAACAAAACUCUGGCUUCCCAAUGGACUCCCAGGUGGUUGCUUGAUAGAGAUAUUGCACUAUAGUUUGUCUGCUUUAGCUGACGUAAUAAUUAUUUCUGCUUGCUGACAUUAUUGAACUUCGUAAUGUUACAUUUUUCUUAUUGGUAAAUUGUUUUUAGCUCGACUAUUCGAAGAAUAAGUAGAGCUAUCCUACUCACCACGGCGUCAGCGUCGGCGUCACAGUUUGGUUAAGUUUUUCGUACCAGUCCACAUUUUGACAAAGUCUUUUGAGAUAAAGCUUUGAAACUUUCAACACUUGUUUACCACCAUCAUGCCCAGUUAUAGGCAAGAGCGCAUAACUCCAUCAAGGAUUUUGGCUGAAUUAUGGCCCCUUUUGACUUAGAAAUCAUGGUUAAGUUUUUCGUACCAGUUCAUAUUUUGACAAAGUCUUUUAAGAUAAAGCUUUGAAACUUUCAACACUUGUUUACCAUCACCAUGGCCAGUUAUAGGCAAGAGUACAUAACUCCAUCAAGGAUUUUGGCUGAAUUAUGGCCCCUUUCGACUUAGAAAUCUUGGUUAAGUUUUUCGUACCAGUUUGUAUUUUGACAAAGUCUUUUGAGAUAAAGCUUUGAAACUUUCAACACUUGUUUACCAUCACCAUGGCCAGUUAUAGGCAAGAGUACAUAACUCCAUCAAGGAUUUUGGCUGAAUUAUGGCCCCUUUCGACUUAGAAAUCUUGGUUAAGUUUUUCGUACCAGUUCGUAUUUUGACAAAGUCUUUUGAGAUAAAGCUUUGAAACUUUCAACACUUGUUUACCAUCACCAUGUCCAGUUAUAGGCAAUAGCACAUAACUCCAUCAAGGAUUUUGGCUGAAUUAUGGCCCUUUUUUUACUUAGAAAUCUUGGUUAAGUUUUCCGUACCAGUUCAUAUUUUUUGUAAAGUGUUUGACAUAUGGCUUUGAAACUUUUAUCACUUUUUUAGUAUAAUAGUCUCUAUCUGUGGGAAAGAGUACAUAACUCUGUGACCUAUUUUGGCUGAAUUAUGGCCUUUUUUGGACUUUGAAAUUGGUACUGUUUUCAUACAAGUCCACGUUUUGUCAAAACUAUUUGACAUAUGGCUUUUAAACUUUGAACACUUGUUUAUCAUUAUGAUUUCCAUCUGUAGGCAAGAGUACAUAACUAUUUUGACUGAAUUAUGGCCCUUUUUGGACUUUGAAAUUGGUUCAUACAUUGCCAUUUAGUGCAAGACUUAUCGAAAUCAAAAAAAUACAGGAACAUUGUUUGUCUAAUCUAUUUAUUUCUUUUGUCUGAAUAUCUGUGGAAAUAUUUUGACCCCAUUCUUCAAUCAAUUCUUCGAAUUAUCGAGCUCGCUGUCAUCAGACAGCUCUUGUUGUGAAACUCAUUACUGUUUGGUCUGCAAUCAGGGGUCUAAGGAGGGGGCGAUUUCGGCGAAAUAGUCACUUUGGAGCUUCAGACUUUGCUCAAAUCUAACCUCAAAGCAAAAUAUUUCAAAUAUUUUGACUUAUUAGGGAAGACUUAAAAUAAGAUUAAAGUUCUGGGAUAUGCAUUCCUCUAGUUUUAAUGACAGGUUUUAUAAUCAGGGUGUUAUGCAGAACAUGACAGUAGGAUAUAUUUAUCUUGAUGUGUAGAAUUUUAGUAAACACAUAAAUUUGAAUGUUGUAUAUCUUGUGUCUUUGUGAUGUAAUAUGAAAUUGAUAUUACCAGUAGUAGAUUGGGAUUAAUUAAUAGGGAAUUUCAAUACUUGAUGACUGUAUAAAUAUGUUUCAGUAUUGUUGUGUGGCAUUGGCAAAUGAUAUGAGUCGUGCCAUGGGAAAACCAACAUAGUGGGUGUGCGACCAGCAUGGAUCCAGACCAGCCGGCGCAUCCGCGCAGUCUGGUCAGGAUCCAUGCUGUUUGCUAAUGGUUUCUCUAAUAAUAAUAGUCUUUGAAAGCGAACAGCAUGGAUCCUGACCAGACUGCGCGGAUGCGCAGGCUGGUCUGGAUCCAUGCUGGUCGCAAAGCCACUAUGUUGGUUUUCCCAUGGCACGGCUCAUAUGUUACCUAUUAAGAUGUUGGUUGGUUUACAAAUCAUUUCAGGUAUUGUGUAUAUCAUUAUGCAUGAAUAAUAAUCAGUGAACCAGUGUAAAGUCUCUUAUUACAGUCAAGUCUGGGCUAAAGACCUCCUCUAGAUAGAGGCCACUACUAUAAACCCUGCUAAUAAAGGCCAUUAUUUGCUCUUUCUUUUUAAUGGUAAAUAGUGUAAAUUUACUUGUGUUUAGAGGUAAACAGUAAACAAAAAUCACAAGACUUUUUCAUUUCCCAGUGGUGGUCACGACAGGUUUGACUGAGUAGUUACUUUCAGAAUUGCUAUUGCCUGUUUAGGUUUGACUGUGUAGUCACUUUCAGAAUUGCUAUUGCCUGUUUAGGUUGCUUAAAUUCCAUCUAAGCAACUUAGACAUUCCAGUGUGUUGAAGAUUUGUAGACAUUUAAAGUUUUAAACUUAAAUGUAGUUUGACGUACAAUUAAUUUUAUCCGACAGGUUUACGUUUAUUUCUCUGUUAUAUAGGUAUGUUAAUCUAAGCCUGUGUUGUUAAUGAGAUAACAUCAGUUUAUGAUAGGACAUUCGAGUACAUUUUAUAUUUAUGUUGCUCAUUUGCAACUUGAUUUUAUAGACAAGCCUUUGUUUAUAUGCUUAUAAUUAUGUGUCUGAAAAAAAUAAUUGAAUGAGCCGUGCCAUGGGAAAACCAACAUAGUGGCUUUGCGACCAGCAUGGAUCCAGACCAGACUGCGUGGAUGCGCAGACUGGUCUGGAUCCAUGCUGGUCGCAAACCCACUAUGUUGGUUGUCACAUGGCACGGCUCAAAUUUAAAUUAAGUGUAAAAGAGUAUCAUAGUCAUACAUUCAAAUUGAUACUAAUAAUUCCCAAAGGUUCACAGAAAUUUGUUAAGUUGAUUUUUCUGGCAUCACUGUGAUAUCAUUCUUUAAGUUAAUGUUCGUAAGGGACCAAUUUUCACAAAUUUUAUGAUUAUGUCUAUCCAUGAAAUAAAAUCUCAGCAAACAAAUUAAAGUUGGACCAUUCAUUUCAUUUACAAAAGUUGGAAUUCUUGAGUUUGUAUCUCCACAAGUCUCCACAAAAGUCAUUUUUGCCAAAACCUCAAAGUUACGUGCCCACUAAAUUAAAUGCUUUCACAGUGCAUUGUUGAAGAAUUUCUUGUUAUCCAGAUACUAUUAAGUGAUAUUCUUGCCAGAAUAUAUUAUGUUGCCUUCUUCAAAAUUUUGGUCAUUUUUCUGGAGACAAAAAAAUGAAAAUAAGUCAUCUGUGAAUGUCUUGUAUAUGAUUUAAAAUUGUCAUGCCCUUGGGAGAAGACUUUAUUUCUUUUUAUUUUUUACCUUAAAUUUUCAUUGUUUGAUCUAUUAGAAUUACAUUAAUUUUAUGAUGUAUGAGAAUAACAAUAAUUUAUCAUUUACAUGUAUAUGAAGAAAAUAUAUAAAUGUAUAACUCAAGAACGCUUGGGCCUAGGACCAUGAAAGUUGAUAGGGAGAUUGGUUUUAACCAGCAGAUGACCCCAAUUGUUUUUGAGAUUAGUAGGUCAAAGGUCAAGGUCACAGUGACCUGAAACAGUUGAACGGUUUCCGGAUGAUAACUCAAGCACGCUUGGGCCUUGGAUCAUUUAAGUUGAUAGGGAGGUUGGUUAUGACCAGCAGAUGACCCCUAUUGAUUUUGAGAUCAGUAGGUUAAAGGUCAAUGUCACAGUGACCUGGAACAGUUAAAUGGUUUCUGGAUGAUAACUCAAGAAUGCUUGGGCCUAGGAUCAUGAAAGUUGACAAGGAGGUUAAUCAUGGCCAGCAGAUGACCCCUAUUGAUUUUGAGGUCAGUAGGUCAAAGGUCAGUGUGACAGUGACCCAGAACAGUUAUAUGGUUUCCAGAUGAUAACUAAAGAAUGAACAGUUAAACCAUUUCCGGACAAUAACUUGGUUGUUUUUCUGGAGACCCAGCUUGUCUUGGUUAACAGAAUGGUCUUAGCCCAGGUUUGACUGUACAUUUAAUCAAAUGUUUGCAGGUUCAUUUUAUUUAGUCCAGUUCAUGCUCAUUUUCUGCAAGUUCUAAUAUUAGAAGCUGAAUUAUUAUAGUUGGUGACCUUGUUCCAGAGUUAAAGAAUUGGGACCAGUCUCAGAAAGCAACCUUGCCAGUGGCCAAUUUCCAAACUGUACUCAAGAGUUAACCAAUCAAAAUGCUUGAACUUAAAAAAUAAUUUAGUAGCUUGUUUUAUUUGCUAGAUCUUAUGAAGCAGAGAUAUGAUAUUUGAUAUAAUAUGAGCCGUGCCAUGAGAAAACCAACAUAGUGGCUUUGCGACCAGCAUGGAUCCAGACCAGCCUGCGCAUCCACGCAGUCUGGUCAGGAUCCAUGCUUUUUGCUUUCAAAGCCUAUUGGAAUUAGAGAAACUGUUAGCAAACAGCAUGGAUCCUGACCAGACAGCACGGAUGCGCAGGCUGGCCUGGAUCCACUAUGUUGGUUUUCUCAUGGCGCAGCUCAAUUAUAUAUUUAAUAAAUAGUUCAUUACCAUUUUGUUAAAAAUUAUAUUGUUAUAUUAUAAUGCUGUUAUUGUUUAUUUUGUCUGUGAUAAUUUCAAAUAAACAAGUUCCAUUUUUC